AUGUUAAAUCAUGAUGGUCUGCAGGACAUGAUUAUUUCUGAAUAUGACUUCCUUUACUUGCCUAUCGAUUUCGGGAGUAGAAGCAACUUAGGUUAUGCUUUUCUCAACUUCACCACUUCUGUUGCUGCUAUGAGAUUUUACAAAUCUUUUAACAACUUUAGUUGGAAGGAUUCUAUGUUCUUGAACACACCCAAGAUCUGCAAGAUUCGUCCUGCAAGAAUUCAGGGAAGGGAUGGAAAUGUGAGCCACUUCAAAAACAAAUACUUCCAGUGUGAUACAGACAAGUUCUUGCCAGUUUUGUUUUCUCCACCUCGGAACGGUUCUACUUCACGUACUCUCCCUACACCUAUUGGUAACUGUCAAAGGAGGAGGAGGAGGAUGCAUAUUUAG